GCCGCUGCCAUCGCAACCCACGUAACCCAUCGCUUCCUCGUUUCACCCUCACCCGUCUCCGUAAGCAAUCAGUUUGAUUGACUGCCAUGUUGUGCUGCUGCUCCCCCAGAACGGACAAGGCUGUGAUUUCAGACCGAGUCUUCGUCAGAACUGCGUCAGUGCCGAUGAACUCAUCAGAGAGCGGGGGGAAGGGAAUGGGGAGGUACCGCCACCGAGGCAGUCAUUGCACACGGAGUAACAACACACGGCGGGUGUGAUAAAUCCGCUACGAGGGCUGCAUUUCUCCCUAUUGUUUAUCUCUGGAAAGAACAACUCUGCUUAAUAUUUAAUGUUAUUUUGAAGAUAAAUAAUUUACCCUCACGUCUAGAUAUUUUCGGAGAGAUAUACAGAGAAGAGUGAGGAGAGAGGAUUUGGUGUCGUGAGGAGCGGAACGCACGCUGGAAUAAACGGAGCACAUUUUCAGUUUCAGCACCUUGGACAGAGCACGGCGCAAUGGCACCCAUGACCGGGGAGGGAGCGGAGUUCGUGGAGGUGCCACUGAUGGUGAGCGUGGUGAGUGUAUUCAGCCUUGUCUUCAGUGUCUCCAUCUUCGCAUGGAUCUGUUGCCAACGCAAGUCCGCCAACAAGACCAACAACAAGACCCCGCCCUACAAGUUCGUCCACAUGCUCAAGGGCGUAGACAUCUACCCUGAGAGCCUGAGCAGUCGUAAGAAGAAGUUCGGCGCCACAGAUCAAAGCCCCGAGCCGAUCGGCACGGGCAAGCAGGCCUCCAGUCCACUAGGGGGCAGUGGUACUCGCCCAGCCCUUCACCUGGAUUUGGAGAAGCGAGACCUGAAUGGGAACUUCACCAAGCUGUCGCCCAUCCACCCCAAAAUCCGCAGCUCGCCCGACCUGGAGCUCCCUUCCCCGAUACCAGCCCUAGGAGGCCACCUGGAACUCAGCACCCCAGAGAGUGCACUCUCAAGCCAGGCACCGACGCCCGCUGAGCGCCCCCCCGCCCAAGACAAGGAGGGCGGCCUGGGCACGCUCUUUUUCGCCCUCGAGUACAACUUCGAGAAGAAGGCCUUCGUGGUGCACAUCAAGGAGGCCCACGGGCUGUCGGCCACCGACGAGCAGUCCCUGACCUCUGACCCCUACAUCAAGCUGACGCUGCUGCCUGAGAAGAAGCACAAGGUGAAGACCCGCGUGCUGCGGAAGACACUGGACCCGGCGUUCGACGAGACGUUCAGCUUCUACGGGAUCUCGUACGGCCGCGUGCAGGAGCUGGUGCUCCACUUCAUGGUGCUCAGCUUCGACCGCUUCUCACGUGACGAGGUCAUUGGGGAGACACUGGUGCCGCUCGCCGGCAUCGACCUGGCUGAGGGGCGCGUGGUCAUGAGCCAGGACAUCAUCAAGAGGAAUGUCCAGAGGAAUGCCGGGCGAGGUGAGCUGCUGCUGUCCCUCUGCUACCAGUCCACCACCAGCACGCUGACCGUGGUGGUGCUGAAGGCGCGACACCUGCCCAAGGCCGAGAACGGAGGGCCCUCAGAGUCGUAUGUGAAGAUCAACCUUUACCAGGGCAAGAAGCGUGCGUGCAAGAAGAAGACCCAUGUGAAGAAAUGCUCUCCAAACCCUGUCUUCAACGAGCUGUUUGUGUUCGACGUGCCCUGUGAGGCGAACCUGCAUGACACCAGUGUGGAGCUCCUCCUGCUGGACUCCGAUAGGUCGGCGCGCCUCCCUGUCGUCGGCCGCCUCCUCCUUGGCACCGCCUCCCCGGGCACUCAAGGCGAGCACUGGCGUGAGAUCUGCGAUCACCCGCGGCGACAGAUCGCCAAGUGGCACGUGCUGACCGAGGACCAGCCAUUUCCGUAAAAAAAAAAAAAAAAAAAAAAAACGCGGGGAAGGCGACCGAGACACGCACGCCUGACAACUGCCCGUGAACUGUCAUCGCCAUGACGUCGUGAGAUGGAGGAAGUGGGUGGGAGCUAGCCACAAAUGAUGUCAUCUGUCAAUCAAUCAAAGUCUAAGUCAAUCAUCUACUGGUGUUAUUGGGUUCGGGGGCUUAUUAAGGGGGGGGUGGGACGGGACAAAAAAUGCUUAAUCCAGCCAAUCAGUGAUUCCAAAGACUCAGAGGCACCCAAUGACACGCCUUUCCAUUCUUCUACAUCUUGAGAUCAACCAAUCGCCACCUUGUGCAGUGCCGAAAUGUCAUUGCUGUUGCUAUAGCUGUUCUUUUCUUCUACAAUUACUAUGACUAUAACUCAGUGGUAUGAAAAAAAAUAUGACUUGUCAAAUCCUGUUAAUAUAAUGCUGUAAAUUACCUGAAUGAUCAGUUUAUUUUUUAAAGAUGCUAUCUUUUAUUUAUUGAAUGUUGAAUUGAUAAGAUUGUCUUGGUUCUUGAUUUUGUACUUGAGUUUUAUUUUCUUUUGUUUGCCCGGGUAUGUUUUGUAACUUUGAAGUUGUAUGUCAUUAUGUAACUCAUAUCGCAGCCGUGGUAACGCAGCCUAAAUUAGGCGCAAAGCGCAGUGGAGACAAACUGUUUAUGAGGGACAGGACGCUGGUGAAACUGGUCUCUCUCUGUGUGUGUGUGUGUGUGUGUGUGUGUGUGUGUUUGUGUGUGUGUGUGUGUGUUUGUGUGUGUGAACGUAAGAGAGGCCAGUUGAGAGAGAGAGGCAGAUAGAUCCCAUUCUGCCUUCUUUACAGUGAGCACAAUGACAGAAUGCAAUGUAUUGUACAUGUACCUUACUAUAAAACAUGAA